AUGGACCAGCAACGAUUCCUGCAGCAACUGCAAGUCGUUCUUAAUCCUACUCAGGGCAACGUUAAGGAGGCAACUGGGAUUCUUCAGCGCGAGUACUACAAACACCCCGAGGCGCUCGUCCUUCUCAUUCAGGUUGCGACUGGCCAUGAUGACGCGCAGUUGAGGCAACUCGCUGCCGUGGAGGCUCGCUCCUUGGUUGGCAAGCACUGGGCUAAGGUUCAAGCUGGCCAAAAGCCUGCUCUCCGCGAACAACUCCUUCGCUCUGGUGUCAGCGAGGCCAACGACCUUGUCCGCCACUCCGUCGCUCGUGUUAUCUCAGCUGUCGCCAAAGUCGAUUUGGAGGAUGGCGAGUGGGCUGACCUGCCCAACUUCUUGAUGCGCGCGGCCGACGGUGGAAACAAGGAUGAGCGUGCUGUCUCGCUCUAUAUCCUGUUCACUAUUCUUGAGACCCUCGGAGAGGGCUUCGAGGAGAAGUUCCAGGAUCUAUUCACUCUGUUCGGCAAGACUAUCCGUGACCCAGAGAGUGCCGAUGUCCGCAUCAACACACUCCUUGCCCUGAGCAAAUUGGCCAUGUACCUCGACUCCGCUGAGAACAUGGGACCCGUCAAGGCAUUCCAGGACCUUGUUCCUUCCAUGGUCGCUGUUCUUAAGGACGCCAUCGACCAAGGCGAGGAUGACCGCAUCAUGCAGGCCUUUGAGGUCUUCCAGACCCUGCUUGGUUUCGACCCUGCUCUCCUCACAGUUCACCUGAAGGAUCUCGUUCUCUUCAUGAACGAGAUUGCCGCCAACACCGAGAUUGAUGAGGACACCCGUACUCAGGCUAUCAGUUUCCUGAUGCAGACCGUCCAGUACCGCAAGUUGAAGAUCCAGGGCAUGCGUCUUGGUGAGCAGCUUGCCCGUACCGCUGUCCAGAUCGUCACUGAGCUCGGUGAUGCAGCUCCCAAUGACGACGACAUCACCCCUGCUCGUUCCGCUCUUGGCCUCCUUGAUAUGCUUGCUCAGAGUUUGCCGCCUAGCCAGGUGGUUGUUCCCCUACUUAACACUUUGGGCCAGUAUUUCAACAAUGCCAAUCCAGACUACCGCCGUGCCGGUAUCAUGUCGCUAGGCAUGAUUGUUGAGGGCGCCCCUGAUUUCAUCAGCACCCAGAUGAAGGAAAUCAUGCCCAUUGUUCUCCAGCUCCUUGCUGACGGCGAGCUCAAGGUUCGCCAGGCCACCCUGCAUGCCGUUGCGCGCUUGGCCGACGAUCUUACUGAAGAUCUCAAUCGCGACCACGAGAAGCUCAUGCCUCUGCUCUUCCAGAACCUUGCCAGCGCUAUGCAGGAGUCCAAGGGCGAGGAGGAAGGCCCCACUGUUGACAUCAUGAAGGCUGGUCUCAGUGCUAUUGAUGCCGUUGUUGAUGGACUCGACGAGAAGGACGUUGCUCCCUACCAGAACGAGCUUGUCCCCAUCCUUCACCAGCUCUUCAAGCACCCCAACUACAGAAUCAAGGGUCUCGCUGCUGGUGCCCUUGGCUCUCUCGCUUCUUCUGCUGGCGAGGCGUUCCUCCCCUUCUUUGACGACUCUAUGCACCUACUCCAGGAAUUUGCCACCGUUAAGGACAGCGAGGAGCAGCUUGACCUUCGCGCCAGUGUGACCGAUGCCAUGGGUGAGAUGUCCGCUGCUGCCGGCCCUGAGCGUUACCAGGCUUACGUUGAGCCUUUAAUGCGCGCCACUGAGGAGGCUCUUCACCUUGGACACUCUCGUCUUAAGGAGAGUACCUACAUUUUCUGGGGCGCUAUGGCCAAGGUCUACGGCGAGCACUUCGCUACCUUCCUUGACGGUGCUGUCAAGGGUCUCUUCAACUGUCUGGAGCAGGAUGACGAUGACCUUGAGCUCUCUCUCGGUGAGGCCGCCAAGGACCUCAUUGGCCAGGAGGUGACCGUUGCCGGCCGCAAGGUCAAGGUUGCCAGCGCUGAGGACGACGAUGACGAGCCCGUCGGCGAGGAUGGCGAGAUUGAAGACGUCGAUCUUGACGAUGAGGAUGACUGGGACGACAUUACCGCCACCACUCCUCUAGCCCUCGAGAAGGAGAUUGCGAUUGAGAUCAUUGGUGAUCUCGUCACGCACACCCGUAGCGCCUACCUUCCCUACUUUGAGAAGACCAUUGAGAUGGUUAUGCCUCUUGUUGAGCACCCUUACGAGGGUGUCCGCAAGGCUACCAUCAGCACUAUGCACCGCUCCUAUGCCAUGCUCUUCACCAUUGCUGAGGAGUCCGGCCAGAUGCCCAAGUGGAAGCCCGGUCUUCCCCUCCAGGUUGAGCCCGCCAAGGAGGUUAAGAAGUUUGGUGAGAUUCUCAUGACUGCGACCAUCAAGAUGUGGACUGAGGAAGAUGAUCGAUCCACUGUCGCUGACAUCAACCGCAACAUGGCUGAGAACCUCCGCUUCUGCGGUCCUGCUCUCAUUGCCAACGAGACUACUUUGCACAACGUCAUCCAGAUGAUUACCGACAUUAUCACCAAGAAGCACCCUUGCCAGCUCGAGUUCGCUGAGGAGGAUGUUGAUGCUGGCGAGGAAACUUCUGAGUUCGACUGGAUUGUCGUUGAUACCGCCCUUGACGUUGUCUCCGGUAUGGCUGCUGCUCUUGGCGAGAGCUUCGCCGAGCUCUGGAAGGUAUUCGAGAAGAUCGUCCUCCGCUACGCCGGCAGCACCGAAUCCAUUGAGCGUGCCACUGCGGUUGGUGUCCUUGCCGAGUGUAUCAACGGCAUGGGUGCUGCCUCUACCCAGUUCACCCCUGCCUUCCUCAAGCUCCUUGUCCACCGCCUGAGCGACGAGGACCCUCAGACCAAGUCCAACGCAGCUUACGCUGUCGGCCGCCUCAUCGAACACUCGAACUCGCCUGAGGUUGUCAAAGAGUUUCCCACCAUCCUCAGUCGUCUCGAGCAAUGCCUUCACCAGGAUGUCUCCCGCCUCCAGGACAACGCCACUGGCUGCUUGUCUCGCAUGAUUCUCAAGCACCGCGAGAGCGUUCCCAUCAAGGACGUCCUUCCCGUCCUCGUCAACAUCCUUCCCCUGAAGAACGACUACGAGGAGAACGACCCCCUGUACCGCAUGAUCUGCCAGAUGUACAAAUGGGAGGACCCGACUAUCCGUGAGCUCACGCCGCAGUUCCUCCCCGUCUUCCAGUCCGUCCUUUGCGGCGAUACCGACCAGCUAGAGGACGAGCGCCGGGCUGAACUCAUCGAGCUCGUCAAGUGGCUGAACCAGAUGCAGCCUGGUGCUGCCCCCUGGGCUGAGCAGCUGUAAUGCUGUAACGCGCUUCGCCUCGCUUGCUAUGAUGAGUUACGGACGCCAACAACUUAACGUAAUGGAUACUGGAUAGACUGGACAUGUUUUGGACGAUUACUAGAAAGAUACCCUAGCGCCGGGCCGGUGAGCCUGCGCAAUGACCACGGACUGCCACAGUGUAUGGGCUAUGGCAACGACUUAUGAUGGAAGAUAACAGAAAAGUUUGUAUAUACUGUUAGAAUCAUGUCUUUCCUUAUUUCCUUA